AGCAUUACGCGUUGGGCGUGUGCGAUAUUGUUGUAUUCGAGCAACUUUUUGGUUAGAAAACAGACAGUCUCUUCUCUUAGAACAAUAAAUAUAAUCACGAUUAUCCUUUGAUCAUUAAUAAUUAAAGAGAUAAUUUUAUCUCUGUUUCUUUUGCAGAAUUCUCUAAAAACUAUGACUAAAGUUCAACAGUCAGCCGAAGUUCAUACCAUCGACCUCAGAGGUAUAGCAGGAGCAAUAUUGGCCCUAGCAGUUGCUGCUAUUUUAGCCGGAGUUCUCGGAUUUGCUACUUCCGGUUGGUUAAUUCAAGAUCGUUCAAAUUCUGAAACUACCCAACAUGGACUUUGGGAAACUUGCAAUUGUGACACGAUUAAAAUUAAAGAUAGGCAAGAUUGGUUUCAAGCUGUUCAAGCCCUUACUACUAUUGGUUUAGGAUUUGGGGCCAUAGCACUUUUGGGAGCAGGAUUUUAUGUUUGUAUUCAUGGCUGCUGUACAAAGGGUGGAAUGCUUAUCACGGUCCUUAUUGGAUCUAUAUGCUCUGCUAUCUUCUCCGUUGUUGGGUUAAUUAUAUUUGCCGUUAAGAAGAACGAACUAAAAAGAGGUGGAUCACACGAGGACAACCCAUCACUAUCUUGGUCAUUUGCUUUUAUUGCUAUUGGAGCUGGAUUUUUCGUAAUUGUUGCUGUCCUAAGCAGCAUUCAAUUUUAUAGAGCUCGACGUUAAAUCAGAAAUCAAAACAAGAAUUAGUAGAAUUUCCUUAGAAAUGCUUUAAUUUCUAUCUGAAAUUUAUUUCCUUUUGUUUUUUUUAUUAUUUUUCUCUUAAUUUUUUUGACAUAAAAAGAAAAGUGAAAAUCUUCAUCUUUUUAAAAUUAAGAAACAAACAAAAUCAAAGUCUAAAAUAAUUAAAUUAACAAAAUCGUACCAAAUGAAAAAAAUAUUAGCCAAUCGUAUAUUUUUUAGGCCAAUGCCAAUAAAACAUGUAAUUAAUAUCUAAUUAAGAACUCCUAAACAGUUUUAUACAUAUUUUUCCUUGUUUUUUUUAUGUUAACAGAAAUUUUUACCACCAAUAACCUAUUUUUGUUUUUAACUUUUGUUUUCUAUUUUUUAAUUUUACCUUUUAUGUCUGUUUUUUUUUUUAUCGCGAAUUAGAUUGUUUUGCAUUUAGGAUAAAUAAUUGAAAAAAAAUCUAACUUUUUAACUCUUUUCUUUUGAACAUGAAAAGAAAGAAAAAGACGAAUGAAGGUUGAAAUCUUUUUCAACUUUCGAUAAUAAUGUUUAUCUUCUUUCUUUUUAAUUUUUGUUCGGAAAGAAAUAAUGGAAAAAAAGUGAACAACUUAAAAAAAUUGUGUCAAAAGUUUGCUGUGAAUUGAAUUAAAACUUCAAAAGGAAAUCCUAUUGAUAAAGAGAGAUUUUUUACGAAUAAUAAUCUAAUAUACUAUAUUAUUAUAGCUAAAUAUCUAUAGUUAAAUGGUUGUAAUAAUCAUUUAUAUUUUAUUUAAAAAUCUCUCUUAUGAUUGGCCUUUUUACUUAUGAAAAAUGAUAUA